AUGUUUGGGUGGAGGGAAAGGGCCGGGAGCAGACUUGUUCUUAUAACCACUUCUUGUUCGUCUACUCCUAACAUACGGAAUUUAAGGGAUAAGGUUCAGGCCAUGUACAUCUGGGUUGAUGGGUCUGGAGAGGGUCUGCGCUGCAAGACGAGGACCUUGGACUCGGAACCUAAGACUAUUCAGGAUUUGCCAGAGUGGAACUUUGACGGGUCCAGUACCUAUCAGUCCGAAGGUUCAAACAGUGACAUGUACCUCGUCCCAGCUGCCAUGUUUAGAGAUCCGUUCAGGAAAGACCCCAACAAACUAGUGCUGUGCGAGGUGCUAAAGUACAACCGCAAACCCGCAGAGACAAACUUGCGUCGUAUGUGUGAGAAGAUCAUGACCAUGGUGGACACGCAACACCCCUGGUUUGGGAUGGAGCAGGAGUACACUCUUUUGGGCGUGGAUGGGCACCCCUUUGGCUGGCCCUCCAAUGGCUUCCCCGGCCCACAAGGACCGUAUUACUGUGGCGUGGGAGCAGACAAGGCGUACGGCAGGGAUGUGGUAGAAGCACAUUACAGAGCUUGCUUGUAUGCUGGCGUACAGAUCUGUGGAACCAACGCAGAAGUCAUGCCAGCUCAGUGGGAGUUCCAAGUGGGUCCAUGUGAAGGAAUCAACAUGGGAGACCACUUGUGGAUCGCCAGGUUCAUCUUACACAGAGUUUGUGAAGACUUUGGCGUCGUGGCCUCCUUCGACCCCAAACCUAUCCCUGGAAACUGGAACGGUGCUGGCUGCCACACCAACUUCAGCACAAAGGAGAUGAGGGAAGAUGGCGGACUCAAAAUCAUCGAGGACUCAAUCGAACGCCUCUCCAAGCGACACAUGUAUCACAUCCGCGCCUACGACCCCAAAGGAGGCCUGGACAACGCCCGCCGCCUCACCGGACACCACGAAACCUCCAACAUUGGCGAGUUCUCCGCUGGCGUCGCAAACAGAGGCGCGAGCAUCCGGAUACCGCGCACCGUAGGCCAAGAAAAGAAGGGCUACUUCGAGGACCGCCGCCCGUCCGCCAACUGCGACCCAUACAUCGUCACAGAGGCUCUCAUACGCACGUGUUUACUCAAAGAGGAGGGGGAGGAGCCUGCAGAGUACAAGUGA